UUUCAGUGGUUGCUUUCUGGCCCCCCAAGACCUUCUUCUUCUUCUUCCACCCAGCAGCAUCGAGCAGCCAGGAAAUGGCUAUGGUCGUUACAGUUGCGAGAUUGCCAUACUCGUCUGCGGUAGAUAUAACACGACGAAGAGCUAGGUUGGUGUUCAAUUCACUGUCUGCUAAGUUCACGUCUUCUUCUUCUUCUUCGUCUGCUUUCACUUCAAGAAAACUCGUUCUGUAUUCUAAGCCCGGCUGUUGUUUGUGCGAUGGUCUCAAAGAGAAACUUCACGCUGCUUUCUCUCUAUCAUCACCUGAUCCACUUCACGACGUUGAUUUACAGAUUAGAGAUAUUACUUCUAAUGUUGAGUGGGAGAAAGCUUACCAAUAUGAGAUACCAGUGUUAACUAGAGUCCUUCCUGACGGUACAGAGGAGGUUUUGCCCAGAUUGUCUCCUAGAUUAGGGGUUGAGAUGAUCCAGAAGAAAAUAGCAGCUGCAUUUAGACAGUAAAAUUUCAGGUAUGAGUUGCUUACACAUACUUCAUAUUGUUGUAAGAAAGAAAUAUUCUCUUUUUAAUGAUUCUUGCAUCUUUCUGCUCACAUAAGGAGCUUCACUAUUCACUCAUCUUGAAUACUUAAUUUUUGGUUGACUUUGUCUUCUAAUUGUAUUUUUGACAUUUUUUACUAUUAGCGCGAGGAGUAGUAUUUUAA